CAUAUAGUUAGACAAAAUAGAAAAAUAUACAAUUUUUAGUAAGUUUCCUUCAGAGCAAAAUUUAAAGCAAUGUCGCGGGUGUUUCUCACUUUCUGUAGCCUGCUGCGCCCCCAGUUGAGGAUAACCUGUCAGUUCUCAAAUAGUUCGCGUGGUCUAAGCAGCGAUGCAGCCAGACGCAUCCAAGAUAGACUCAUCUGUGCGGUAAACAGGCGCCGCAGAUGCGGGGAGCUGCUCACAGGGCGGCGACGAAUGGGCAACGAGUAUGGAAUGCCAGCACGCGUGCGCGUGUGCUUGUGCGAGCAGCGCCUUAGGAGAACGCGCCAGCCCGCAACGACGCUGAGAAUGAGAGAUGGCGAGCUGCUGCAGCCGCAGAGGAUUGGGCCGCCCAGACGUGGCUAUGGCACAAGUGCAGUGCAACUGAAGCUAGAAGAGGAGGUGGAGAGGGGUGCAGCAGCAGCAGUAGCAGCAGCAGCGGGUGGUUCAGAUUCCAUAUGUAAGAAGUCAGGUAGUGGUGCAGCUGGUGGUGGUGGUGGAGCUGGUGGCGAUCAGAAAUCGCCAUCAACUGAUGGAGCUGCGCCUCCUACGGCCGACAAGCCACGCACUGUGACGCUCAUGCCAGGCGACGGCAUUGGGCCUGAGAUAUCCUUAGCUGUCAUGGAGGUGCUCAAUGCCAUGAAGGUGCCGCUGGUCUUCGACCCGGUUGAUGUGACCCCUGUAAUGAAUAGCCGAGGUCAGACUACGAUACCACAAAAGGUCAUCGAUAGCAUGCAGAAGACUAAGCUGGCGCUGAAGGGUCCUCUCAUGACACCCGUGGGCACGGGGUUUCGCUCCCUAAAUCUGACACUACGCGUGCUCUUCAAUCUCUAUGCGAAUGUUCGACCCUGUCGCUCCUUGGCCGGCGUGGAAACCGUUUACGGCGAUAUAGACAUAGUGACCAUACGGGAGAAUACCGAGGGCGAGUAUUCGGGCAUCGAGCAUCGCCUGGUCGAUGGAGUCAUGCAGAGCAUCAAGCUCAUCACACGCGACGCCUCGCUGCGCAUAGCCGAGUAUUGCUUCCAAUACGCGCUGGCCAUGAAGCGCAAGAAGAUUACGGCCGUACACAAACGCUCAUAUAUGCGCAUGUCCGAUGGCCUCUUCAUCGACUGUGUGCGUGAGGUGGCCAAGAAGUAUAAGGACCAGUUGGAGAAGCAGGGUGUCAAGUACGAGGAAGUGGACAUCAGCACCGUGUGCUUGAAGCUUACGGAGAACCCCAAGAUGUAUGAUGUGCUGGUAAUGCCCAAUCUCUAUGGCGAUAUUCUGUCCGAUACUUGUGCGGGUCUUAUCGGUGGCUUGGGGCUUACACCCUCAGGCAACAUUGGCCUGAACGGCGCCAUCUUUGAGUCGGUGCAUGGCACUGCGCCCGACAUCGCCGGCAAGGAUAUGGCCAAUCCUACUGCUCUGCUGUUAUCGACGGUCAUGAUGCUGCGCUAUAUACAGCUGCCUGACUAUGCGGACAAGAUAGAGAAGGCUAUAAUCAAGACAAUUAAGAAUGAUAAUGUGCGCACCAAGGAUCUGGGUGGCAAUGCCAAGUGCUCGGAAUACACCAAGGCGUUGAUUAAGAACUUGAAUUGAAUUUAGGACACAGCAAAAUUUAUUUGUUUUACAGCUGCUGAAUGUGUUUUUAUCUUCAUGCGCAACAAAUUGAAAGCCAAUACUAUUGAAAUAUAAAAAUAAUACUUGUUCUAU